GGGCUCUCGGGCCAAUGACAUCAUCCACCACGGAGGAGAGACAGUCAAAAGCACAUCUAUCCCCAGGAAGGGAGAGGAAGCGGGCCCAUUUAGAUCAGGAGGAGGAGAGCAGCAGCAGCAGCAUGAGAGCGGGACAGUGUCAUAGCGGCGGAGGUGCACACAGCACUAAAGUGUCUUUGACAAGGAUAUAGGACUCAGCUGGGGAAAUUGUUUUCUUCUGGUUUCUCCUCUGCUUCCAUUGCUCCGUCCCUCCCCCCUCCCCUUACCCUUCUCCCCUCUAUCUUCUGAAAGUUAUCCUCUCUCUCAGCUUCUGCUUCAGGCGGCUCCUCCGGGCAUGCUCCUUAAGCCAAAGUAUGACCGCUUUCGCAAUGAGUCUGUAACCUCCUCCGAUGACCUGAUGCAGAGCUUAACCAUGAGCAGCAAAGUAGUGGCCACACCGGUGGUCUCCUCCUCCGCGCAGAGUCUGCCUCUGCCUCCUUUGCCUCCUUUGGAUCCCAGUGCUCGGUCCUCCUCAUCUGCAGGGGCUGCAGCCCUGGCAGACUCCCCCUGCCUAGAUGGGGAACAAGAGGUCACCACAACCUUCUGCAUGCUCAUCCCCAGGAUGCCCCAAUGGAAGUUCUCCAAUUCCUUGCUCAGCAGGAGCCCAUCCAGCUCUAGCAAGGACUCAACCAAGACAGCUUCCUCCCAGGGCUCAGUCUCCUCAUCAUCAAGCAGGAUCAGCGGGGCAAGCUCAGCCAGUGGCCCCGUGGCCAGCCUUGCGGCCGUACUAAACUCUUGUGACCCUGUCUGUGUCACCCCCUGUUCCUUACAGGCCAUCCGAGGGCAGCGGGCAGUAGCAGCAGCUGCACCCUCUGGCAGUCCAGGAGGACAAGGCUUUGGGGUCGCAGCAGAGGUCAUGGUGAGCCCCAGUGUUUCCAGCAGCUCCAGAUCAGGAAUGAAUCGCAGGACAAGGGUUGAAGGCAUGUGGCUGGGGGGAGAGGACCUCCAUACGAAGGGCAGCUUCAUCCACAAACCCUCUCAGGGUUGGCUGCACCCUGACAAGAAAAUUGUGGGGCAAGGAGCUUCUUACAUUGUCAGGUACAUGGGUUGCAUUGAGGUGCUGAAGUCAAUGCGCUCCCUGGACUUUAAUACACGGACUCAGGUGACAAGGGAAGCCAUCAACAGACUUUGUGAGGCAGUGCCUGGAGGAAAGGGGGCUUGGAGGAAAAAGGUACCAAGCAAAGCUCUGCAGUCAGUCAUGGGAAAGAGUAACCUGCGAUUUGCAGGCAUGAGCAUCGCUGUGAAUAUUUCUAUAGAUGGCCUUGGCCUGCUCAUCCCAACUACACGACAGGUGAUUGCGCACCAUCCCAUGCAGUCCAUCUCAUUUGCCUCUGGAGGAGACACAGACACACCAGAUUAUGUUGCAUAUGUAGCCAAAGACCCAGUAAAUCAAAGAGCAUGUCACAUCUUGGAGUGUUCGGAUGGUUUGGCCCAAAGUGUCAUCAGCACCAUUGGCCAGGCUUUUGAGCUGCAGUUCAAACAGUAUCUCCACAGUCCUCCUAAAACCAUUUCAUCUGCAGAGAGGCCUAUUCGGACAGAGGAGCCAGUGUGGGGUGAGGAUGAAGAUGCAUCUGAGCACGACUACUACAACAGCAUCCCUGGAAAGGAGCCUCCGGUUGGAGGAGUGGUGGACUCCAGGCUGAAGCCCAGCGGGGCCCUCCUGGGUCACAUCCACACUCAGCCACAGAACAAGACAGGAACUCAGAUGGGCUCACAGGGCAGGAGGGAGCAGGGAUCCUACCAACCAGGUCAACUCUGUUAUGAGCUGCACUGGGACACUGAGACCACCUGUAGCUCAGAUGGUUACCUGUGUGCUGAUGGUCAGCCUCCAGCCAGCAAGGACUAUGAUGAGCAUCAGUAUGUAAACACACAGAGCCUGGAAAACCUUGAAUCACUAACACAUGGAGCAGAUGGACACAGAGGCGCCAGGGCACAUGACAGUCCUAAAAAAGACCUCUUUGAUAUGAGGCCAUUCGAGGAUGCGCUGAAGCUCCAUGAGGCUUGUGGAGGAGCUGCUGGCUCCAGUGUAUCAGGAGGCUCUGGCUCACAAGCUGGAGGAGGGGGGGUUCGAAACUUAGAGGACCAGUGGCCCAGUCCACCAAGACGCAGGGCCCCUGUGGCCCCAAAUGAGGAGCAACUCCGCAGGGAGACGUGGUACCACAGCCGCAUGAGUCGGAGAGAUGCAGAGAAACUGCUGGUUCGAGAUGGAGAUUUCCUCGUCCGGGAGAGCACCACUAAUACUGGGCAGUAUGUACUAACAGGCAUGCACUGUGGCCUGCCCAAACACCUGCUGCUAGUGGAUCCAGAAGGAGUGGUCAGAACGAAAGACAUGCUGUUUGACAGCAUAAGCCACCUUAUAACGUACCACCUGCGGAACGAGUUGCCAAUUGUUGCAGCAGAAAGCGAGCUCCAUCUUAAACAGGCUGUCCGGAGGAAACCAUGAGCAUCAUGUGUUGGCGUGAGAUGCUGAAGUCCUCUGCACCCACGGACACAUUGAGCCUAAAAAACUGGGUGGGUUUUUAUCCUGAAAGGACACAUACUACCUUGCCUACGAUGUACUUUAAAUGAAAGCAAAGAAUCAAGUCAAGUUGUUUCAGUCCUCUGGCUGCCAGGGUACACCACAUUUUGGAUUAUCGAGAUAAACUCCUCAGCAUGCAGACCUUAAGCAAACCACAAUGCAGAAUACCAACACCUCAUCAGUAAACGUCCAUAACUAAAGAGAAGUGCUUCUAAAAAUCCACAACUACGCUGUUAGUGGCCUUUCCUUCUGCAAACCAUGAACAUCACCAGAACACAAACUGGAAGGGAUUUGCUGGUGCAGAUAUCAAAGCAAGAGAUGUCAGCUUUCAGAUUGAAAAGUUAAUUUCUAUAAAGAUGUCGGAAGGGACCGUUAAUUGGUGGAUGAUGAGAAGCAGAUCAAGGAAAGUCUCUUUUUGGGACAUAACAACUGUUAUUUGUAAAUCGGUCUCCAGUAUCUGAGAAGUCACUCAGAUGCAAAGCUUUUGUAUUUUCUCUUUUUGCCACCAUAUAUAAAGAAAACAUGAAGCUUUUCUACAUUUUAAACUCCAGUUGAUGUUCGUUGUCUCAGUUGCUGUUUGUAAGGAGUACCGCCUCCAGAGCAGACUUUACUAAGUGAUGAAUCCUAAAUCCAGGGUCAAAGCUAACAUCUUUGUUUUUAACUGACUACUACAUCUCAAUAAAUUAUAUUACCAGAAACAAUUUAAUUUCAUAUUACAAUUAUAAAAGUGAAACUCAUAUAUUCCAUAGAUAUAUCAUAUCUGAGCAUUUAUUUAGUUGAUUUUACUGAAUAAACCUUACAGCUAAGGAAAUUACCAGAGAAAUGCAGGGACUCAUACUACUAAUAAAUUAAGAGCAAGAAAUGUUAUGACCAUGUUAUGUCACUUGCAACGAUAAGACAAGACAGCUGAGCUACAGCUGGCCAGCAGAUGGUUACUCCCCGCAAAGAGAAUAGGGGAUAAGAGUUUGUCUCUAAAGAAGCUAGUUGUUCACAGAGUGCUGUAUCUAAGCAUAUUAUUUGAAAAUUCAGUGGAAGGAAAAAGUUUCAUAUUGUCUAGCCUCCUAAAAGAGAGACAAAGUUAGAAGCCUCCUCCCUGUGUUAAAUGCGAGAAUGACUGGACUGUUCUAAUUGUAGGUCCCAGAGUCUGGAAGAAGAGUAAAGAGACAAAAGCUGCCUACGGUCCAGUGCAAAGUUUCCACAGCCAAUGACUUAGGGUGUCAUGUCAUUUGCUUAUGUUGGUGUACUCUGUUUUCUGAAGUCACUUGCCAAUGUAGCCCUCUACCAGAAAAUUUUAGAACACUCAAUUGUUCCUCUUACUUAGCAGGAAUUUUGUGCACACUGUGUAAAAUGCCACACCAGACAUAACUAUAACACUGAGCUUAUUUGGGCAAAAGACAAAAAAAA